CCGAGAAGAUGAUGACAGAGAGGAGACGUCACCUGGAGGCCCUGGAUGUGACAGUCAUCUCUGACUUCAACACUGCCGCCCAACCAACAUGCGGAAGCCGAGUAAUCAGCAGUCGGAUCGUCGGUGGCACAGAUGCAAAUGAUGGAGCAUGGCCCUGGCAAAUCAGUCUCCAGUACGGGGGUUCCCACAUCUGUGGUGGGUCCUUAAUCUCCAACCAGUGGGUGCUCACCGCUGCACAUUGCUUCACAUCACCUACAAAUCCCUCCGACUACAAGGUCGUCCUCGGCGAGUACCAGCUGGACACCACCAGUCCUCACCAGGUUGAGUCCACCGUACAAAGUAUUACUGUGAAUGCCCAGUACAACGAAGCUACCAGCUCUGGGGACAUCGCUGUGAUUAAACUGUCCAGUCCUGUUAAUUAUACUGACUACAUCCUGCCAGUCUGUGUGCCAGCCGCAUCCAUGAGCUUCCCUGGUGGCACCAACUGCUGGGUUACAGGAUGGGGCACUAUAGAAUCAAGUGUGAAUCUUCCGUACCCGCAAACUCUGCAGCAGGUCAUGGUGCCUCUGAUCAGCACCAGUGCCUGUGAUGACAUGUACCACAUCGGUUCCAACAUUGGUGCCAGCCAGGAGAUCAUUCCAAGUGACCAGAUCUGUGCAGGAUACCCGGCUGGGCAGAAGGACUCCUGCCAGGGCGACUCUGGAGGACCCCUGGUCUGUGAAGUCAGUGGGGUUUGGUAUCAAGCUGGCAUUGUAAGUUGGGGAGAUGGCUGCGCCCUUGCCAACCGGCCUGGAGUUUACACCUAUGUUCCUCAUUACUACGACUGGAUCUCCUUGCACGCGUCCUCAUCCGUGUUUUCUGCAUCAGCAUUGCUGUUGAUCUUCUGUCUACUGCUGCACACAGGGCUGCCUAUACAGGCGGUACUGCCCUAA